UCUGUACCUUAAUUUGUGGUCCAUCGUUUGCACAACACGAUCACAAACAAGUGCUGCCCAUGUUUGUCGCAAUUAAGUGAUGUAAAUUGAGAGUUCAGACAGUGCCUUUGACCAAAACAGUACUAUCAUGCGCUGCAAAACCAAGUAUCCCACGCUAAACUCCGCCGCCCGCGAGUACUCGGUGUUCAAAUGACAUUUAUUAUUACAAUUUUGCAGAAUUGGGCAGUUUGCACAUUUGAACUCAAAACAUGUUAGAGAAAGAUAGCAGAGAUGCUGAAAUUUCUGUAAAUGAGAGUGGGAAACCUUUGCAAAACGAUGGAAUUAACGCACCCAUUAAAACACUACAGGAUAAAUGGAAGCUUGUGGAAACAUUUCUACAGUGCAAGGGACUUGUGAAGCAGCAUAUUGAUUCUUACAAUCAUUUUAUAAACAAUGAGAUAAAAAAAAUAGUCGAGGCCAAUUCGAAAGUAGUAACAGAUGCAGAUCCUGUUUGGUACUUGAAAUACCUGGACAUUCAAGUUGGGAAACCUGAUGUGGAAGAAUCAUUUAACAUCACUAAACCUAUCAAUCCUCAUGAGUGUCGACUACGGGAUAUCACAUAUUCUGCUCCCAUCACAGUGGACAUCGAGUACACAAGGGGAAAUCAAAGAGUCGUUCGGAAUAAACUGCCAAUUGGGAGAAUGCCUUUGAUGUUACGGAGUUCAAACUGUAUCCUCACAGGCAAGACUCCAUUUGAGCUUUCCAAGUUAAACGAGUGUCCACUUGAUCCAGGUGGAUAUUUCAUCGUGAACGGAACGGAGAAAGUCAUUCUUAUCCAGGAACAGUUAUCUAAGAACCGUAUGAUUGUGGAAGUUGACAAACAUGGCAGUGUAGUCUGCCAAGUAACGAGUUCAACUCAUGAAAGAAAGAGUCGAACAAAUGUGGUUGUAAAAGAUGGCCGUUUCUACCUUAGUCACAAUUCUCUGAAUGAGGAUGCUCCUGUGGUGGUUAUAUUCAAAGCAAUGGGAAUAGCCACUGACCAGGAGAUAAUGCAGAUGAUUGGCAGCGAGGAAAGUGUCACGUCAGCGUUUAUGGCGUCAUUCGAGGAAGCUCAAAGAUUAAAAAUUUUUACCCAGUUACAAGCAUUGACGUACAUUGGCAGCAAAAUAAGACAACGUCAAAUGUGGGGGAGAGUUAGAUCGAAAUUGGACGACGCCAGGGAACUCCUGGCACAUACAAUAUUGGCACAUGUUCCUGUUGUACAGUUUAACUACCGAUCCAAAAGUGCGUAUUUGGCAGUAAUGAUUAGAAGAGUUAUAUUGGCAAUGAGCGAUAAGGUCAGGGUUGAUGACCGAGACUAUUACGGAAACAAAAGAUUGGAACUUGCGGGUCAGCUUGUUGCACUCCUGUUUGAAGACCUUUUUAAACGGUUUAACAAUGAGUUGAAGCUUAUUGCUGAUAAGAUUAUCCCAAAGCCACGUGCAGCCCAGUUUGAUAUUGUUAAGCACAUGAGACAGGAUGUCAUCACGAAAGGACUUACUUAUGCGAUUUCAACGGGCAACUGGACAAUCAGGCGAUUCAAUAUGAACAGAGUUGGUGUAACACAGGUGUUAAGUCGACUCUCCUAUAUAUCAGCACUAGGUAUGAUGACUAGAGUUACAAGUCAGUUCGAGAAAACGCGGAAAGUAAGUGGUCCGAGAUCUCUGCAUCCAUCUCAAUGGGGAAUAAUGUGUCCCUCUGAUACACCUGAAGGCGAGUCGUGCGGUUUGGUCAAGAAUCUUGCCUUAAUGACUCACGUGACCACUGACCAAGAAGAGCUUCCUCUCAUCAGACUGGCGUACAACAUGGGGGUCGAGGACAUCAAUUUACUUUGUGGUGAAGAACUGACUUAUCCCUCUGUAUAUACUGUCUUUUUAAAUGGCAACAUCCUAGGAGUUAUUCAGAAUCACUUAAAGUUUGUGAGAACGUUCAGAAUUCUUAGACGAGCUGGUCGCGUUAAUGAAUUUGACUCCAUAUACGUGGACGAAACAAAUCGAUCGAUUCAUAUGUCUUCAGACGGUGGCAGAGUGUGUAGACCUUAUAUAAUAGUCGAGAACGGACGACCGAAAGUUAAUCAAAGACACAUGCAACAAUUAGACAGAGGAUUAAGAUGUUUUCAAGACUUUCUCCAUGAUGGAUUGAUCGAGUAUUUGGAUGUCAAUGAAGAGAACGAUAGUUUAAUCGCUGUUUACGAGAAACAUAUUACAAAAGACACAACACAUUUGGAGAUUGAGCCGUUUACCAUUCUUGGAGUUUGUGCUGGUCUUGUUCCUUAUCCACAUCAUAACCAGUCCCCAAGAAAUACUUAUCAAUGUGCUAUGGGGAAACAAGCAAUGGGCACUAUUGGAUAUAACCAGAGAAACAGGAUUGAUUCUCUGUUGUAUAAUCUCGUCUAUCCACAAGCACCGAUGGUGAAGACGAAGACGCUUGAUUUAAUUCACUUUGACGACCUUCCAGCAGGACAAAAUGCAACCAUUGCUGUGAUGAGUUAUAGCGGCUACGAUAUUGAGGAUGCUCUCGUAUUAAACAAGGCAUCUGUUGAUAGAGGUUUUGGACGAUGUUUAGUUUAUCGUAAACAAAAUUGUUUAUUGAAGAGAUACGCCAAUCAGACAUUUGAUCGUGUUAUGGGCCCCAGUCGUGACGCGCAGACUAAGGAGGUGAUUUGGCGACAUAAAGUCUUAGAUGAAGAUGGUAUCGUUGCUCCAGGCGAAAGGAUUGAAAACGGUCAAAUAUUGGUGAAUAAAUCCAUGCCAAUUGUGUCAAGCUCUUUACAGACAGGUCCAGGAGGAAUGCCAGCUCGAGCGGAAUACCAAGACGUCCCUGUGAGUUACAAAGGGCCGGUAGGCUGUUUUGCGGAAAAAGUUUUGGUGACAGCUAAUGAAGACGGGGAUCCUCUUGUCAAGAUUUUGCUGCGUCAAACUCGACGGCCGGAAAUCGGUGAUAAAUUCAGCAGUAGACACGGUCAAAAAGGAGUGGUGGGACUUAUUGUUAAUCAAGAAGACAUGCCGUUUAAUGAAGUGGGUAUUUGUCCUGACAUAAUCAUGAAUCCACAUGGAUUCCCAUCCCGUAUGACAGUUGGAAAAUUGAUCGAAUUGCUUGCUGGGAAGGCUGGUGUCAUGGACGGGAAGCGUCGAUACGGAACCGCAUUUGCUGGUGAUAAAGUACAUGAUGUCGGUCAAGUCUUGGUUGAACAUGGUUUUAAUUAUGACGGAAAAGAUUACUUCACCUCUGGCAUAACAGGUGAACCUCUGGAGGCUUAUAUAUAUUCAGGUCCUGUGUACUAUCAGAAAUUAAAACACAUGGUCAUGGAUAAAAUGCACGCUCGAGCGAAGGGCCCCCGAGCUGUGUUGACCAGGCAGCCAACUGAAGGUCGUUCAAGGGAUGGUGGACUACGAUUAGGAGAAAUGGAAAGAGAUUGUUUGAUAGGUUAUGGAACGAGUAUGCUGCUGGUUGAACGUUUAAUGAUAUCCAGUGAUCAGUUUGAAGUCGACGUAUGCGCCAAAUGUGGUUUAAUAGGAUAUUCCGGCUGGUGCCAUUUCUGUCAGUCCUCGCAUGAUAUUUCCUCAAUCAAGAUUCCCUACGCGACAAAACUAUUAUUCCAAGAACUGAUGGGUAUGAAUAUUAUUCCUCGAUUAACGUUGAGACCAAGUGUUGAAUGAAUAAUUGUGUGCCAAAAUUGUCUGAUGGUCGUUUGUAGUUAAGAGUGAGUGUUGGGAACUCAGAACUGAAUUGAUAUACUGAUACCCUGACUACUGCCCCAUUCAGGCUAAACAGAAUAUUUCCUCAUAUAUAUGUGAUUAAAUCCCCCAGACUUGGCUGCGUGAUAAAUCAGGCUGGAAAUAACUCACUCAAUCUCUUCCAAACAAAAUUUCGUUCAAUAUCUACUGUUUAGAGAUUUCGUUGUUCAAAUUUAUUAAAAUAAUUACCUCCUGCAUAUAAAAAGUUUAACUUUUUUACUUAUUAAUGAUGCCAAAUGCUGCCAUAAUUUUAUUAAAUAUUGACACAAAAAAUGAAAAUCGCACGUGAAUCUGAUGGGGUAAACUA